AUGUCGUCCUCGUCGACGCUUGUGGGCGCCGCCCCGGCCCCCUCGGGUGUGGCGCCGAACUUUGAAGAGCCUGCGGACGUCCUCCGAACGGUCAACUAUGUCACCCAGGCCCUGAGCAUACUGUUCGUGACGGUGUUUAUCGGACUCAAGCACUAUGCCAAGUCUAGUGUCCUGCGCGGGACAUGGAAUCUCGAAGACUACAUCACAUACUUGUCAUAUAUCCUGUUCAUCGGGUACUGUGUUGACAGCAUCUUUGCAUCUGUAUAUGGCGGCGGCAUUAAUCAAUGGGAGGUAACGACGAUACAGCUCCCAUACUUUUUAAAGGCCGGAUAUGCGGCGACCAUUUUCUACCCCCCGAUGGCCCUCAGCGUCAAGAUGGCGCUGCUCCUGAUCAUCGCCAGGGUCUUCGGGUCGGUACACAAGAAGACCAUCAUGUGUAUCUACAUCUUCAUGGGCCUGUUGGGCGGCUACUACUUCAGCGCCCUGGUCGUGAAGAUCAGGAUCUGCUGGCCGAUCCACGCCUACUGGGAGGGGGACAUGAGCAAGUGCCUGGACCAGCGGGCCAUCAUCAUCGCCGACGCCAUCGUCAGCGCCGUCAGCGACCUGGUCAUCCUGCUGCUGCCCACGCCGCUCACGUGGUCGCUGCAGCUGCCGCUGAGGAAGAAGCUGCGCGUGGCGGGCAUCCUGUGCGCGGGCGGCAUCGCGACCGCUUUCUCCAUCUACCGGCUCGGGAUGAUUGUUGCCGAGGGCAGCUCGCCCAACCAGACAGUUGUGUUUGUCAAGGUCAUUCUCUCUGGCAACGCAGAAGUAGGCCUAGGGAUAAUCUGCGCCUGCCUCCCAGCGGUGACGGCGCUCUAUACGCGGCGCAAGGGCGGCAGCGGGUACAAGUCGGGCGGGUACCACUCGGGGGCCUACGGCAACCGGUCCAAGUCGGACGCGGCGGGAUUGUCCAAGAACAAGAUCUACGUCAACCACUCGAUCCACAUAGGCACGGUACCACGGGGCGAGGACGAGGAGCAGAGGGGGUCAGCAGACCAGUGGAGCAGGAGCCAGGACCAGAUCGAGCUUGUCACCAACGCGCAGGGGGUCUCCGAGUCGAAGUGGACGUGA